CACAGACGGAUACAGAAGAAAAGAGUAUUUUGUACAAAGUUUUCUUUGUGGAAAUUGCAAAUUACACUGGUCCUGAAAUAACGGAAUCAGAAUAUUUUGACCCCUAAGUUGAGAACUUGCAUGUUAUAUACGCAUUGAGGUUAUGUAUACCAUUGUCAAAUUCUAAGGAAAAAUCAUUUUAGGAUCAAUCAUGUGGUCUAGUAAAAUCAGCAGAACUUCCUUCACGACUCUCGAUAUUUACCGAAGAAUAACUCGAGGAGUAACUAAUCUAGCAAAAUCGAGACAAGCAUCUACCUCCGAUAUACAUUUGUUUAAAGUUGGAGAAAAGUAUCACGGAUUCGAAGCAAAACGCAUAGCAAGUAUUCCCGAGCUGAAAACGACCGCCUUGUACUUAUUACACGAGAAGACCAAAGCCCAGUACCUGCAUUUAUAUAGGAAUGAUUCGAAUAAUGUAUUUUCUGUCAAUUUACGAACGACACCGAUGAAUAGCACUGGUUUGCCGCACAUUUUAGAGCACACCGUGUUAUGUGGAUCGGAAAUAUUUCCUGUACGUGAUCCGUUUUUUAAAAUGUUAAACAGAUCUUUAGCUACGUUUAUGAAUGCUAUGACUGGACCUGAUUAUACAAUGUAUCCCUUCAGCACGUUAAACUAUACGGAUUACCUAAACUUGCAAAAAGUUUAUCUAGAUGCAGUAUUUAGACCACAACUAAAGGAACUCGAUUUUAUGCAGGAGGGUUGGAGACUCGAAAACGUUGAUCCGAAUGAUGUAAACAGCGAUAUUAUUAUCAAAGGAAUUGUUUACAACGAGAUGAAGGGAGUUUUUGCUUCAAACGACUCGAUACUUGGCCAAAAACUACAAAAUCUUAUUCUACCUUCUCAUACCUACGGAGUUAUAUCCGGUGGAGACCCACAAGAAAUACCAAACCUUACUUGGAACGAUUUGAAGAACUUCCACAAGCAACAUUACCAUCCGAGUAAUAGCAGACUUUUUUCUUACGGAAACUUUCCACUAUUACCUUCAUUGGAAUACAUUGAUAAAGAAUAUUUAAGCAAAUAUGCAUACUCACCCCCGACACAUACAGUAGUGCCCAAGGAGAAGAGAUGGGAGGCCGCAAAAAGAGAACACAUAAAAUGCCGUUAUGAUGUUUUGGGCGCCCCUUUCGAAAAGCAGAAUACAAUUUCAAUAUCGGUGUUAGCUUCUGACACUACGGACGCUUAUCAAACAUUAGUAGUUGACUUCUUGACAAAUCUAUUGAUAAAAGGACCGAACGCUCCUUUUUAUCAAAGUAUGAUCGAGCCUAAUAUUUCUGGGGGAUUCACUGCUAGCACUGGCUUUGAUAAUCAACCUCGAGAUGGAAUGGUUACAAUAGGUUUACAGUCUGUUAAAAAAGAAGAUUUUGAUAAAGUGAUAUCUAUUUUCGAACAAACAGUGGAUAAGGUUAUAGAAAAAGGAUUUGAACCCCAUCACAUUGAAAUGGUUUUGCACAGUUACGAACUGUCCUUGGCUCACGAAAGUAGCAACUAUGGUUUAGGUCUCUUAUUUGGUAUUUCUACGGCUUGGAAUCACACUGAAAACAUAAUAGAACAUUUACAAAGUAGGAAAUGGAUAGACAGAUUGAAACAAGACAUUAAAACAAAUCCGAAUUUUUUGCAAGACAACGUUAGAAAGAUUUUCAAAGAUAACCAACAUAAACUUAUAUUGACAAUGUCUGCAGACAAAGAUUUUGAAGCUGAAUUAGCCAAAGCAGAAAACCAGCUGAUUAAGCAAAAGACCAAAGGUUUGUCUAGUAAAGAUAAGAAAGUUAUUCAUGAAAAAGCAUUAGAACUACAAAAACAACAGAUGGAACCUACAAGAACUGAACUUUUACCAACUUUGUUAAUUGACGAUAUUAGUUCUGAUGUAGAAAAAGUUGAUAUGGAAAAAGUCUCUUUGAACAACGUACCCACCCAAAUCAACAAAGUGAAUUCAAAUGGAAUAGUGUAUUUUAAAGCAAUGCUCAACACAAAUUAUUUGUCUCCAGAUCAACAGAUGCUUCUACCUUUAUUCUGCUUCACUAUUAGUAAAUUAGGUACUGACAAGCUUAACUACAAAGAGUUCGAUAGUCUGAUAAAUAGAAAGACAGGUGGUUUGACAUUGAACAGUCAUAUUGGAGAAAGUUUAUACAGCUUGCACACUUACCAACCGAGUCUACUUCUUAGCAGUUACGCUUUAGAAAGAAACGUUGAAAGUAUGUGGGACAUUUGGAAUCAGCUAUUCACUAUGAGAGGGCUAAAAGAUGUCGACAGGUUUAAGAUGCUAGUAGAAUUGUACAUGUCAAAUUUGUCAAAUGGUAUAACAGAGUCUGGACAUGUAUAUGCAAUGCAGGCAGCUUCGAGUCUUGUCUCGGGAACUGCGUAUCAAGUGGAACUGUUGAGUGGUUUACAACAUAUAUCGUACAUGAAGAGUCUAGUCAGUACAUCCAACUACAAAGCUAUACUCAAAGAAAUUUUGAAUAUAGCUGAGAUUUUAUUUGACAAGAAGAAAAUGAGGGUUGCACUGAAUUUGACGCCAGACAAUCAAACAGAUAUUAUUCGUACUUACGAAAACUUCAUUGGCACUCUUCCACAAGCAACUGUUCCGCAUCUGCAAUCCGAAGACACUUACAUAGUCGGUGAUGUGUGGAGUCCUACUGAAGCUGUCAAUUGUCAACACCAUGUCCUCAACUUACCCGUCAAUUACUGUAGUAAAGCUGUACUCACAGUCCCGUUUACUCAUGCGGAUUAUGCGAAGUUAAAGAUCUUGAGUCGAUUGUUGUCAUCUAAGUAUUUACAUCCAGAACUCAGGGAAAAACAAGGAGCAUAUGGAGGGGGUGCGAGAGUACUAUCCGACGGAGUAUUUACUUUCUUUAGUUACAGAGAUCCCAGAAAUUUAGAUACGCUAGAUGUUUUUGAUAACACCUACAACUGGUUACGAUCUGAAAUAGACAAAAUCACUCCUCAGGACAUAUUCGAAGCGAAAUUAGGCGUUUUUCAGUCGGUUGAUACUCCAAUACCUCCAAGUUCGAAAGGAAAUGAAGAGUUUUUAAAAGGACUAACGACAGAUAUUAAACAGCGAUACAGGGCGGAAUUGUUGAGCGUUGGUAAGAAUGAUCUGACAGAGGUAGCUGAGAAAUAUUUGGGUCCAGCCAAUAUGUUACAGACGGGAAAGGUUGUACUAGGACCGAAGACUGAGCAAAUGGAUGUUAGUAAGAGAAAAGACGAAAUGUGGACCGUGGUUGAAAGUAAUCUGUAAAUUAUAAAUCAUUCUACCUUGUUUGUAUUGUUUCAAAUAUGUUAAGACUGUUUUUAUUAUAAAUAUAUUUUUCGUUACAAUAUA